AUGAUCAAUGCCUUUCUCGUCUUCAACGGCCAGGGCCAGCCCCGCCUCACAAAGUUCUACACGCAGCUGGAAACGAGCAUCCAGCAGCGCCUGAUAUCCGAAAUCUUCACCCUCGUCUCCAACCGGCCCUCGGGCGCCUGCAACUUCCUCCCCCUGCCGCCCCUGCUGGCCGCCUCGGGCACCUCGCACACGUCGUCGCGCGAGCAAAACGACGUGCCCUCGCUCGUCACCUACCGCCACUACGCCACCCUCUUCUUCAUCAUCAUCUCCACCUCGACCGAGUCGCCCCUCGCCCUCAUCGACCUGAUACAAGUCUACGUCGAGGCCCUCGACAAGCUGUUUGAAAACGUCUGCGAGCUCGACCUCAUCUUCAACUACGAGUCGCUGCACGCCACCCUCUCCGAGAUGGUCAUCGGCGGCGUCGUCAUCGAGACAAAUCUCGACCGCAUCGUCGCAGGCGUCAAGGCGCAGGGGACUGUCGCCAAGAGACCCGUCAACGAGGGGCGGGGCUCCGGCCUGAGCUCCGGCCUCGGCAUGACGGGUAACUUUGCCUGGGCGGGACGGUGA